CUGGCCACACUUAGCCAGGGCGUGAGAAAAAGAUAAAUAAAUAAAUAAAUAGAAUAUUUCCGUGCCAAUGGACAAGGAAAAAUCAAUUGUGCCCAAUCAAAUUGGCUACCUGGUGCUAAAGGACGAUGGCGCAGUCCUGGAAUCCGGCGGGGAGCUCAAGAAUGAUGAGCACAGCGCCAAUGUGAUAAUGGGCCUGCUCAAUCUCACCGAGAGCAUCGACGAGUCCUUUAUGCCGAAUAGCAGCUGCGAAAGGAUCACCAUCGACUACGAGGAGUACUACUACAGCAUCUGCAUGUCCAACCGCAGGAUAUACAUCGUUAAGAUCAGCGGCAGCCAGAAUGGUGGCAAUACCACCACCGCCACGGCCAGCUCCUCCUCCUCGAACAGCGUGUAUAACGAUGCCUCCGACAGUGCUGGAGCGGUGCUGGCUUGAAACCCAAACUCGGAUGUUCGACCGCCCCCCACUUGCCGUUUCUGCUGGCAACGGGGUGGCAAUCUACCACCCAGAACCCACAAUUGGCGCACACCCAUUCUGUACUUGAUUCUCCUUUUUAUUUGUCAAAGAAUACAUCAUCUGUAAGCUCCUGUUCGAAAA